AUGCGAAUUUCAUAUCAAAUUUUAAAAGGACAUGGAUGUUCUUUCUUCAGAGCACCAAUUCUUUCACAAGCACAUCUGGUAGUUGAGAACUCGCGAACACAUUUCUUUUCCAGCAUUCCGCUAGACGAGCCAUCAUGUUCCGAGGAUUCACCGUCGACACCGGUGCAGGACGACAUUGGUGUGCUUGGCACGAGACGUGUGCGUAGCUCGACCGCAACCAGCAGAAGAAGUUUAUUCUUUGGCAAGGAUAAAACGGAAAUGUUAGCUCGUUUGACGCUGCUGAAAGAUGAGGUGCAGAAGCCGGUGCCGAUGUUCGAGCUCGAAAUGCAUUGGACUAGUAUCGUUCGAAAUAACUUGCUGAAGCAAAUGAAUGAACUGUACCAGUGUCUCUUGAAAAUGCAAGAAGCAGGAUAUAUGCGUGAUGUUGACCCACGGCGUGUGUUCCUCAACUACCCCGAGCUUUAUGUUCACAAUUCCAAAUUCUGGAAAAAAGCAGUGCUGCCAAUGCUUCAAAUUCUGGAAGUGUAUGACGCUUUUUACAGGGAGACUGGCGCACCGCUUGAUCCAGCAAUGCUGAAGUUCGGUUUCGAGCGUAUCGAUGAAUGGUGGCCCUGCUAUACGAGCUUCAUCUACGGGCAUGCGGAUUGCCAUAGUUAUGUGCAAAAGUGCCAAAAAGAAAAUGAAUUGUUCCGUGAAUUUGUUACGAUUUUCCCGAUGAAGUGUUAUCUCCGUCUGGCCGAUCCGAUGCCAUAUUUUGUGGGUCAGCCACAGUUUCGUCGUGUUUACUUGCGCGGUGAUCUGAAGAUGAAGGAUGGUAAACAGGGUGCCAAGGUAGAUGCGCACUGUAUUUUGUUCACGGAUCUCUUUCUUAUUUGUAAAGCUUUCAAUAAACGGUACGAUCGACUGAGGAUACUCAAAUCGCCAAUACAUAUCGCUAAAAUGUGCCUUCAACAAUUUCCCGAUUACUGUAAGUUUUCAGAGUUUCGUGAAAAAAAAAAAUGAUU